UUGCUCAGCUGUCAUUCUCCACUUAUAGGUUACUGUUUGAUGAAUCCUCAGCCACUCCAAAAACAUCAAAAAGUGUUUCCGUUUUUUUAAAAGAAAGAGAAGUGAAAUUAUUUCCUAAAAAAUCGUCAGUUAAUUCAGAAAGAUGGCAACGUGUUUGGAGAACAUCCAGAUGCCUUCCUGCGUGUGGUUUGAAGCUGGUGAGAAGCGAAAUGCUCUCAUGUCGAUGCUCGCUGGAACUCUGUUUUUCACGGGCUGGUGGUUUAUCAUUGACGCUCAUGCCAAGUAUCACACAGAGAUGGUCAGUGCUUAUCACGUUUGUGGAGUUUUGGGGACGUUAUCACUGUUUAUGGUGAAUUCAGUGACAAAUGCCCAGAUCAGAGGCGAUGCUUACAACGGUGGGUGUAUGGGUGCCAGAGGAGCCCGACUCUGGCUCUUCGUUGGGUUUGUCCUGGGAUUCGCUGCUGUCAUUGCUGCCUGCUGGAUUCUAUUCGCUGAUUUUGUUGCCAAGGAUGCCCCACACAAUUGGCCAGGAAUCGCCCUCUUCAUGCAAAGCAUUUUCAUCUUCCUCGGCUCAUUGACUUACAAAUUCGGCAGGUCUGAGGAUCAAUGGAACUAAAAUGCCUCCACCUAUAUUUUUAUUAUUCAUCAAUAUCUCCCGAAUUUCCACAAAAUUAACGACAAAAAAACUCAUAAGCCGAAGAAAUUGUUUCAAUACUUCUAAAAUUAUUUAUUGAUUGACUCCCUUCAAUGAUAUACUCACAUACAUGCAACAAUUAUAAUCUAAGACCUAGUGAUCUUACGAAUUAAUUAUACAUAAUAAAUAAAGAUGAAAAAUACAAAA